AUGGACAUUCAGUGGCCGGAGUCCAGCCAAAAAGGCAGCAAAGUCAGCGCAGCGGUGAUCCGGCCUCAGCCACUGAAGCCUGAGCAGGCCAGCGGCAACCCGAAUGAAGCUACUGGCAUCAGCUUCCAGCACCAUCACAACUCGGCCUCUAUUGUGCCCUUCCGCAACUCAGCUGCACCCUCAUCCAGCCUCAUCCCCGUCUCUGGGAAUGAGUUUCAGUCCGAGGCGCUGCAGGGAGCCUUACCAGUGGGCCAAAACAAUCCACAGGUCUGCCCUUAUAAUCUGUACGCAGAGCAGCUAUCUGGCACAUCCUUCACGAUGCCUAGAAGGCAAAAUAUGCGCAGCUGGCUGUACAGGAUCCGGCCAUCGGUGACCAGCUCGCCCUUUGUGCCAUCUACACAGAUUGACCCAGAGCGUUUCGGGACACACUUUGAACAAGAUGAGGUGGAUUGCAACCAGCUGCGGUGGCGGCCUAUGCCCAUUCCAGAGCAAACCACGAAUUUUGUGACUGGGCUGCAAACAAUCUGCGGUGCUGGCAGCCCAGAGAGGAAGGAGGGGUACGCCAUUCACAUGUACAGCGCCAACACAUCCAUGAGUGAUUCUUCCUUCAGCAACGCGGAUGGAGACAUGCUGAUCGUUCCGGAGAAUGGGUCUCUGAGGGUGACGACAGAGUUUGGGAUAAUGGAGGUGCCACCGGGGGAGGUGUGCGUGGUGCAGUGCGGCAUACGCUUCUCUGUGGCGCUCCCGGACAGCGUCGCGCGCGGCUAUGUCCUCGAAGUCUUUGGCAGCCACUUCACCCUACCCGACCUCGGCCCUGUCGGCGCCAACGGACUGGCGGCGGCGCGGGAUUUUCAGACGCCGGUGGCCUGGUACGAGGACAGGCAGGUGGACUUUGUGGUGAUGCACAAGCUGGGCGGGCGAGUGUUCGAGUCGGUGCAGCCCUUCUCCCCCUUCAACGUGGCGGCCUGGCACGGCAACUACGCGCCCUACAAGUACGACCUGGCCAAGUUCUGCCCCGUCAACACUGUCUCGUUUGACCACGCCGACCCCUCCAUCUUCACCGUCCUCACCUGCCCCUCCCCCUGGCCCGGCGGGGUGACGGCGGAUUUUGUGGUGUUCCCUCCCCGAUGGACGGUGGCGGAGCACAGCUUCCGGCCGCCAUACUUCCACCGCAACGUCAUGUCCGAGUUCAUGGGCCUCAUCCGCGGCACCUACGAGGCCAAACAGGACGGCUUCCUGCCCGGAGGUGCCAGCUUGCAUGUGUGCAUGACGCCGCACGGUCCAGACACGGCCACUUUUGAGAGCGGGACCACCAAGGACAGCCACAAGCCUGAGCGCCUGCCUGCCGACACCCUGGCCUUCAUGUUCGAGGUGAACUACAUCCCGAGGGUGAAGAAGUCUGCGCUGGAAUCCAAGUACCUGGACAGAUCUUACCAGCAGUGUUGGGCAGGCCUCAAGAGCCACUUCCCAGGCAGCAAAGAAUCCAACGGAAAACUAAUGCACUGACAAGUCAUGUGUCCCGCAGCCAUCAAUUGCUGUAAUCUGGAAUGCACAUGUACUCAGUGUAUCUUCGAUGUACCAACAGAAUCAUUCUGCGUGAUGCUUGGGCUGAAAUUGGAGGACUUGAGCAUCACAGUACAACGGCCGUAGGUGCAGUGUAGAAUAGCAUGCUUAUUGUGAGUGUCUUUCAAGAGUUGCACCCUGUGGGAUACUGAGUGUUACAUGCACAAGAGAAAACCGCAGCGGUGGGCUAUUGUUGUGAGUAAUCAAAACGCAUUCCAACUGUUAUAGUACACCUGAGUACUGAGUAUGUGGUCUGCAAUGUUUGCUAAUGGUCCAUGUGAUUGUAUUUGUGUGCCUUGAUUAUCACCUGGCCAAUCAAGCUCAGUAUUUGUCCCAUAAAACAUUACAACAACUGAAGAGAUCU